UUUCUUGCGCACCAUCUUGGCGGACUUUAUGAUCAAUACCAUACUACACUCCGUGACAUUCAUUUGCGGUCAUUUUAGUACUUCCAUAUGAACUGUAGUGUCCUUGGUUCAAACGCUAUAAAAGGCUGUCUAUGGGUGUGUUGCACGAAUUAAGUUUGUCCCUCCUGCCUGCCCGUAUUGGCGGCAGCUGCACUCCGCAUAUUUGACAACAAAUUGUCAACUAGUUGUUGCCUUAAACUCUUCAAAGGUGGUUGUCAUGGACGACAUCACCCGCCUGGUGUCCACAGGGGACUCUGUCAAGAUCUGGGAUGCAGCUUCCAUGGCGCCACUGGAGCACUUCAACCCGCACAGCAACAGCCACCCGGUGGCCCAAGCUUGUUGGACCACCAACAACCAGUAUUUAGUCAGUGCCAGCAGCAGUGGUGACAAAGUGGUCCUUUCCAGCCUGAAGUCGUCACCUGUUCCACUGGUGGAACUGGCCGAGGGGAAAAGACAAACACGUGUGUGUCUCAGCACGUCUUCACAGUUUGUGGUCAGUGGAGGUCUGGACCACUGUGUCCACAUCUGGGACCUGAAGACCAAGAGACUGCAGCGUUCCCUCAAGGAGCACAAAGAGGAGGUGACGUGUGUGUCCUUUAAUGCCAAUGACAGCUGUAUUGUGUCAGGAUCUACGAGUGGAGAUCUUGUCCUCCACAGUCUCACAACCAACAUGUCCACCAAAGCCUUUGGGCAUGGCAGCCAGCAGCCCAUCCACGACCUGCGUCUGUCCACACUGAAACGCUCCCUGCUAGGCAGCGUCUCAGACAGCGGCACAGUGGUCCUGUGGGAUGCAAACACGCAGAAGGAGCUGCACGUCUUUGACACUGCACAUAAAGCGCCGGGCUCGGGAAUUGCCUUUUCUCCGACUGCUGAGUUGCUGGUUGUCAGUGUGGGUCUGGACAAAAAAAUUAUAUGCUACGACACAGCCAGCAAGAUUUUGCUGCGGUCCAUACGUGUGGAGAGUCCGCUGACUUCGGUGGACUUCACUCCUGACGGUUCUGGUUUGGUUGUUGGGUCCACUCAUGGUAAAAUUUUCCAGUAUGACCUGAGGAACAUCAGCGCCCCCAACAGGAUCACCAUUGCACACAAGACUUCUGUCACCUCUCUGCGUUUCCAGAAUAACAGCAGCAGACAUAAGUCCAGCAAAAUGACAUCAUCCAGGGUCUCCAACACAAAGAGAUCCUCCUCCAAAGUGACCGCCAGCCAUAUUGCCUCUGCCCCCACCAUUAACUUCUCCCCUCAAAUGCAGACUAGUGCAGCUUUUUUCCCAACAGGGGGCACUGAUGAAGAGGCUGCCAAUCAAGAGCCGGACGGGCAGAAAGGGGCAGAGCCUGCUCCUGUGAAGUUCAGCGGGAUUGGACAAAACAGUCUGGACCUGUUCUCCCCUGCCCGAGAAGAUGCAGGCACCCAGCUGGCCAAUGCUGAGGAGACAUUUGGACCGGCUCACAUAACAAUGUCAAUCAGAGAAGGAGAAGGGCCCAAGGCGUCAGGCCGCGUCAGUCUGGACAUCUUCUCUCCCGUCAGAGAAGCUUGUGUUUCAGAAUCUGGUCCCAGCUCACUCCGGAAAACACCGCUGUUGUCAACGGAUCGAUGUUACAGUCCACUGUCCAUCUCACAGACGCCCACCAUCAAGGAGGAGGAGCCCGCUGAAGCGUGUGACCUCAGAAAGACCAGUAACUCCAGUCUGGAGGCAGAUGAUCAGACUCCGCCCACCUCAUCACAGCAGACCAAUCUCAGCCAGCCGGCUCCACCUUUCUUCACUCCAGAGCCAAGCCUCAGGAGAGCCAAUUGCAUUCAAGCGCAGCUCGAUUAUGACUCGCCUUUCCACAGCGUUCCGCCUACCCUUGCUGCAGGUGCGUCCGCAGCAGCGUCUCUCACUGCCAACAUUGCUCAGGUGGCAGUGCAAGGCGGAGCCCCUCCCCUCACCUCCCUGCAGAUCCACUUCAUCCAGAACAUGAUCCACGAGACCUUGGAGGACUUCAGAGAUGCAUGCCACCAAGAUAUUGUCAACUUGCAGGUGGAGAUGAUUCGCCAGUUUUACAUCCAGCUGAAUGAGAUCCACGGCCUGAUCGAAAAGUACUCGCUGAAUGAGUCUCUGGUGGAGGAGAUCGAGCGCCUGAAAGAGGAAAACCGCCGCCUCAGGACCAACUUCUGAUGGGCAGGUCAGCGUGGCUACAAGGGAAACCUGGUGGACCUGUUGAAGCUGGACAUUGAUGUGGAAAGACUGGAAACUUUGAGAGAUAACCGUGAUGAGUCAUGACAAAAUCUAUGUUUGUUACCUGAAAUAAAAGUGAUGCAGCCUCA